AAUGCCUGGAGUUUGCUUUUUUCAGAGCGAGCUUUCUGUCCUAGCAGUUUGUUUUGGCCUUGGACCCUUUCUCUGCUGCUGUGAGCUUAACAAGAUCCUCUGUCAUUCUCCAGGGAAGCUUUCGCACUCAACGCUGCGGGUUUGAAUUGGCUUUAAAUAAAAGGUGUUCUGUUUCUGAAAUGCCCUGCUCUUCAGAGCUCUCUGUGUGCAAUACAAACAGCCAGCAGACAGAGCCGUUCCAGGUGAAGUGCCCGAGUGCGGUGACGUGGCAGAGAGCUGCAGGGAAGUGUUUGCAAUUGAGUCCCAAAGGAAAAUGGCUUUGUCUGAAAACCCACCAUCUGCAGGUGAUGGCUGAGUGUCAAGGUCAGGGCUGAGCCCCUCUGUCUGCACGAUGCCUUUGUGUUGACCACCCUGCUUGGCUGAAGGAGAUGGAAAGUGGGAGAAGCAGAGGGUUCAGCCACAAUGCCUGUCUGUCUGCCAGCUCCCUUCAGAAAGGUCCUGCUGGCUCCUGACUUGUCUCUUCUCAGAUCCCGGGCAACCUCUUGCAUCCAGAGCUGCUUGGCAGAUGGGUGCUGUGCUGUGUUGUGUGGGAUUGCCCCUGAUGACCUCAGCCUGCUGUGUUGGAGCUGCACCCAGGGCAGGCCAGGUGCAAGGGAAUACUUGAGUAAAGCACCUUUCUGAAAGAGGUAUGAAAUGGACUCUUCCCAUCAGUUUGAUCUGAGGAAUCUCUUGAAAGUAUGUCUUACCCUAUGGCCUCAGGGUCCACAAGGGUGGUCCAGCUUUGCUAAGCCUUCUGGAAGCAUCACAUUCUCACUUCCCCUUCUGCUAGUUUCUCCUGCCUUGCCCUGAAGGGAUGAGACAUCUGCAGGACUCUGCUGCUGCUUAGUGUGAAAUGUUGUAAAACCCAGGCAUUGAUUUCUCAAUCAAAGGUGUCUGUUUGCUCCUUGGUCUGUGGCUUUAAUGCCUGCAAAUACAUCUUUUGCUCCCUAACGGUUUGCUUUAAGAUUUUGAAAUUGACUGUUGUGCUUCGGAGACUGGGGAAGUGAACAGGUUCAAUCAAGCCAGUAUUAUUAGUGCUGGCUCACAGGGGGGGUUGAGCCAGGCAGAAGCCUGGGUCACAGUGUCUGUCGUGUCUCAGGGGAGACCUUUACCUGUGUCUGGCCAUGGUGUGGGGCUCCGUUGCUCUGCUGGUUCCUGGAAAGCUGUGGGUCCUUUUGUCCUGAUGGUGAACCUGGGUCAGUGGGUGUGUGGUCUGAAGGCUGAAGUUGCAGCUUAACCUAUGAACAGACGCCAGAUAAACCUGUAGACAUUAAAAUGAACAAAAUUCCACCAGAUUUCCAUCCGCACUUCUCAUUUUCAUAGGAGCUGUGUGUGUUCCUUGUUUCCAGAACGCUGUGGUUUUGUUGUUCUGGAGGUGCAGUGUAGAUGAUGCAAGCCUUGCUGAAAUGGAGCUGCUUCUGUGGAGAAAUACAAGAGCUGAAAGUAGAAAGGAUUCCUACCUCCCAGGGCUGCUGUCCUGCAGGGAUGACUGGUGUGACCUAAGCUGGGACUGUCACAUCACCUGGGCUCCAACUGCUGCCACUGGUUGCCCUCAGUUUCCCACUGUUUAAAGGGGUGACGUGGAAAACCCUUUCCAAAGACCAGAGAUGGAGAUGCUCAGCUGGAUGGGGAGGGAUGUUAGCAGCAGGAGCAGAGUGGAGCAAAGGAGGAGGGAUGCUGAAAUGCAGGUGACUCUUAGCACUAAUUGUAUGCAGCAGAGCUGUCUGGGGGGAGGCUGAAGGAAGCAUAUCAAGAAUGUCUCAGCUAUUCAAGUGAGAAAUCAAAUUAAACCUUGUAUCAAAUAGUGGAGCUGUUCUAUGCUAGGAGUUAUGUCAAAUUCAUUAAAGGUUUCUACACACCAGUCCCCCCAGGAGUUAGCAAAGAGAAAAAACAACACUUUGUGUCAGGGGGCUGUGCUUUCCUGCUUACCUGGAUAUGUUAAUGAUGUGGGUAGAGGAAGGGAGGAUUAUCGAUUUAACCCUCAAGAUACAGGUGAGGGGAGCUGGGACUCCACAGCAAUGCUGUUUGUGUGCUGCUGUCAGUGUCUGUCCAUGUGUCUGUGCUGCAUGGUGGAGGGUGAGAGCCAGGGACUAAAGCUGCAGCAGGCUGGAGGUGUGGAAGCUGCUCUUGUUCCCAGUCUCCUGCUAACAGGCUGGGAGGUGGAGUCACUUGGAUACCCAGCAUGUCUGAGAGUAGCCUGGAGGAGAUGGAAAUACCACCAUCGUACAGCCAGACUUGCUUCUCAUUGGGCAUGAGUCCAUGCUUGUUCCAGGCAAGGAAAAGCUCUGGACAACGCAUUGCUCCCUCCAUGGGGACAGAUUGUAUGGGGGCUGGAUGGAGCACAGGCUUGGCAGGAGAGAGCCUAGAGCUGGGAUGAGCUGCCAGUGCAGUGGCAGAAGAGUCUGCUAGGAACGUGUGAUCUGCAGCAUGCCACGGGACUUCAGCUGCAGGGUGAGCUCCCAGAGUUGCACAGCACAGGCUCUGCAAAAUCCCAGGGGUUCAGCUUGUAGCUGCUUCUCACGGGGGCAGUGAGGCACUCUGGAGAGCUGGCAGCUGUCUGGAGGUGAGGAAUGCUGAGCUUCAUCCACUGCAAAUGCUGAAUGCCAAAGCCAUCUCAAGCUGAUGUGCUGAGGCCCAGGCUCUGCUAACGCUAUCUGAUUUUUUUUUAUCAUCCCUGAUGCGUGUUGUGCUUUGACUUAGAUGCACUCAAGUGUGGGUUUGAUAUUUAAAAGUCAUUUACAGUACUGCUGCUGUGCUGGCAGGAGAAAUUAGUCUGACCCUGGGAUGUACAAAUCCUCAUUUUGGAGCAGAGCAACCUGAGACAGGCAAGGCUUAGUCUGCUCAGGUGCUGUGCCUACUGUUAGCUCUGCACCAGGGCUCUGCAGCCAGCUCGUUGCCUUUCCUCCCUUUUCUUUUUGUUAACUUGUAAGAAUUUGUAUUUUUAAGUCAAAUUUAAGAUGCUAAACCUCAAUUAAGGAUACGUGUAUUAAUUUCCAAGAUGUAAUUUGUUUACAGAACAUUCCCAUUCACAGCAGCGAGCGCUGAUAAUUGCCAUGGUUUGCUUUCCAGCCUUGGAUUUGAUACAGCUGAGAGCAUGUGAAGGUGGCUCCCAGGUGGGCAGUGCUGGCUCCUGGGUGGGAACACGAGGAGCUUACCUAGGAGCUGAUUCUGACCUGGGCACUUCUGCUUUUGCCCAAAGCAGUUCUUGUCCUGGGGUCUGGGAAUGAGCCUGGCUGUGCCUGUUCCCUCUUUUGUCUGUCCUGUGAUACCCUUUGUUAUUUCUGCCCCCAGCUUGAUCUGUAGGCAUCCUCAUCCUGCCCCAGUAUUCCUGCAAGGCCGAACAAACUGCAGUGUGUGUGCUCCUGGAGACAGAGCUGCAGAAAAUCAAUGGGGCCAGAAGAGAAUGAGGCAGUACGUGCUUGUCCUUCGAGCUGCCAGCAGAGGGGAUGGCAUCUUUGCAGCAUGAUGGCUCAUGGCUAUUUUUUUUCCUCUGGCAGGAGCUAUUGCUCUGAGCUGCAGAGAUGCUGUACUGAAGCUUUGACAUGCUGAGCUCUGUGUCCAAUUCCUUCGAAGCACGCUGUUCCAUCUACCUUUGAGAUGCCAGCUCCUCUAGGGUGAGGUGGGCUGUGCAGCAGAGCUGUCCCUGCUCACACUGUAAUCCUCAGCUGUCAGUGUCUUGGAUGAGUUCUUGGAGGGUAUCCAGACAAACACAGGAGAGAUUUCAACUGCUGCGAUCCCCUGUCCUAUUUUAUCUCAUUUUUGACAGCCCAAGUCUGCUGAGGUUGGGAAGUGGUGAAAAGAGGAGAGCAGCUUCCUGCAUUUGUGGAUGAAGAAGCACUCCUUGCUCUGACAGCCUGCUUGCUUCUGCUGUUUCCUGCACUACUGACGGACUGUCUCUUGCCUUCUAGACUAGCUGCAUCUUCAGGAGAAUGUCCCAGAUGGCUCUUCAGGGAAAGAAUCAGAGACUGAUCGGUGGCCAAAAAAAGUCUCUCAUCCAGUAUCAAAGCCUUAGCCUCACCUUAUGCUUCCCAAGGACAGCUUGGAAAGGGCGCAGUGGAGCUGCUCCUGUUCCUCUUGCAGGGUAUCUAGAGAAAAUCCUGUGUUUCCAGAUAAGGAUGUGCUGGAUUUACAGUUGCCUACCAUUGUUAAUGCAUCCUUGUCUGUGUGGUCAUGUGAAGGUUGCUUUCCCAUUGACCAGAGAGAGAUCAGACCCAUGGUUCAUCUGUACACCCUUCUUAGAGCUGCUGAAGAAACUCAAAAUGGGGUGAUGGCCCCAUGUUCCUUCCUGGACCGUGCUCUCUCUCAAGGGGCUUCCUUGUCUCCACUGCAGCAAGAUGCAGAGCCUGAACUAACUCUGAGCAAGGAACUGUGGAGUACAGGAACAGGAGAUCUGCUUUAAGUGAGGCUCUUGCCCUGGGUAAUCAUCCCAUCUUGAGAAGCACAACAUACUAUCUUAGACUUCUCCCCAAGGAGUGUUGACCAACGUGCAUUUGAUGUCUAGGAGCUGCCCUGGCAGUGUGUGGGCCAUCAUCCUCAGCAGGGAACCAGAGACAGCAAUCACUGCUAAGUGUUAGAUGAUAGCAUGUUUUGCUGGCUGCUUUGAUGCAUUAUGUUUUCCACCAUCUGUAUUUGCACUGUGUUGGAGGCUUGCUUGCCCUGCUAGGGCUGGGCUGCGAUCCCUCCAGCACUGUGAGCAGCCAAGUGUGGUGUUUAGAGGGUGGAGAGGAGAUGGCAAGCUUUCUUUCAGCCGUUACUUUGCUAUGCUGAUGCCUUGUCUCCCCACACUUGCUCAUUUCUUCAAAUAUUGCUGCUCUCAAUGAACUCUUAGCAGCUGUCAGUCCCCGUUCCUGAAGUGAUGUGCAAUUCUGAGCUCCCUGCUGUGGUUGGGAUGGUCCUUGUGCUGACACUGCUGGUGCUCCCUGCUCCAGUAAUUGGCCUGUUGUGCUUUUUUAGCCUGCAAAGCCUCCUUCCCAAAUGCUCCUGAAGAGCUUCCUUUUGGAGCAGAGCUGCAGGAGACAAAACAAUCUCUGCUCUUGCAGAAAGAAACUUGUGUACCUGGAUCUCUCCCCUCAGCCACUGCUGCCCUGGAUGGUGUUUGUUGGCAGGCUUUGCUCCCAGUGCUCCUGCUUACCUCGUGCUCUCCCAAGAGGAACAAGUUUCACAUGAUGGCUUUGGAAAUAAGUCAGGGCAUGUGCCUUGGGCAGCACAAAAGGAACUGGAAACCUGAGCUUUGUUUGCAUGCACGUUGUUCCUGGUGUUGGCAGGGAUGAGCCCUGGCUCCAUGCAGCUGCUGUGACUGGUUUACUGGGCAUGGCAUGCGAUCCCUCCUCCUUGAAGGACAUUCACUGUUUUUUGAAGCCAUGACUGCCAGCAGAGGUAAGAUUCACGCUUCCUGAGAGCAGCAAGCUUUUUGUGUUUGCCUCCCAGCUCGGGUGAGCAGUUCUGCGGGAGGGCAAGGAGGGGAGCUGCACGCAAUUACCUGCAAACACUGGAGAGCGGUCAGAGGUCCCACUAUCAGCCAUGGCCCAGAUGUACUGAGUGAGCCUGCUCCCAGCAUCCUUGGCUCCUGCAGAUGCACGUGAGCCAGGCUGACUGUGUGCUGCAGGUGGAGGAGAAAAGAAGCCUUUCAUCUGCUCGCACAGAGCAGGCUGUCAGCCAGCUCAUGCCUGCUGUUUGGUUCCCUCUGCCACAGCCGGAGCAGGGAGGUGGGAGCUGAGCAGCUGUGCCCCUCCUCAGGGAUCAGCCCAGGGUGAGAAAUGUUAGGGGGAUGGACUCUGCUCCCUGUGUUAGCAAUCAGAUUGCUGCUGCAGGGUUAUCUGUCAGCACUGCCUUGGGGUCACAGUGUCACACAAGAGUCCCUCCUGGAGGCACUCCCAUGAGCCAGGUGAAAGCUAGCUGAUUUAUCAGGUGCUCUCUGUGCUAUGCACCCUUCCCAGUGUCCUUGGGAUAUGUGAGCCUGGAUUCAGGCCCUUCUCCUGCCCUUCACAAGGUGUCUCUCCUUCCUACAUUGACACCCUCACUCCCUGCUGCUGCGGCAGCAUCCUCCCAUGUUGCUGUCUCAGCUGUACUGGCUCUGCCAGAGCCGUGCCUCUCCUCCUCCCUGCCCACCAUGCCGUGCCAGCGAGCCCAAACCCACUGUGCUGGUCGCCUGAUUUGUUUUGGUUCAUGUUCCAGCUGAGGAUAAAGUUGCAGAUAUUUCUGUGCAGCGAUAGGAUCUCAACAGCCAGCCUUGCUUUAAUGUGAUCCCAGGCAUUCGAGGUGCCCCAUUACCUUAUCUCCCCUCUGCAGAUAUCUGUUACUCACCACUCUCACCCUAAAAGCAAGCCAGCCUGGGAGGGAACUGCAGAAGCUCAGCCUCUGCAACCCUGCUGUUGGGCAGAAAGCAGUAAGUGAGGCUCCCAUCCUGCUUUUUCUGCACAAGAUUCCCUUCUUUCUGCUUGCAGUGCUGUGUGGUGCAGUGGGGUGGCUGGGAAGGCUGCGUCACAGCUGACUCACACUGCUGGUAGGGUGGGAACCCCACGCAUUGGUUCCCACCCAGCUUCCCAGGGGCACCUGUUUGCUCUCUGGCUUUGCAGUUCAGCAGUCCAUGAGAUGAACCUGAUAUUGCUGCAUGCAGGGCCAGUGAGGCUGUCCCUCGUCCCAGCCUUACCAGCUGCAUCUUGCUGCUCUCCCACUGUCACAUGAGCAUUACACCAUCUCUCCCGUGGAGAAUGAGUGUGGAAAGUGCCUGGUUGCCAGAGCAAAGUGAAAUCUGCUCCAGCUUCAAAUGCACGCAACCCCAAUCUGUGCACUUUGGGUAAAUGCUAAAUUCUAUCUCUAGUUCAUGAAGAGGAGAGGCUGAUGCUUAAGUGAGGCAUGGGCACCAAACACCCAAGCUUCUGCAGCUCUCAGGUCUCCUGAAAGUUCCUUGAUGCAAAGAGAAACGUUCCCAGCCUGGGUGAGUCAUAGGGCAUUAGGUGGGCUGGGUCAGCUCUGAGCAACACUCAGAUAUAAAGGUGAGAAUUGUUCUAUUGAAUGGCCAAAAAGCUGUUGGUGGCAGAACGGCCUCUGUGAGCAGGCAGUGCAGAAAAAUAAGAGGAAAAUGGAAGGGGGUGUGGGGAGCUGGAAAUCAACAGCAGUUCGUCCAAUACAGAUCCUUGAAAAUACAGGAAUUUUGAAGGGAGGUAAAAAGAUGUGAUGAGAAACUACAUGGGAAUUUCUAGCAGUGAGGAGGAGGAACUGAAUUCUAGCAUAUUGAGAGGGGUGAAAAAAAAGAGUCAAAAAGCUCUUAGCUACAGGAAUUGGGAGAGCAGAGUGCAUGUUUUUGUAGUCUGGAUGGGGCUGAUGCCAUUCCCAUGUGAUGUGCACGGAUCUGUUUCUAUUCCUGCAGUGCUGGGCGGCUCAGGGUGAGCAGUGCAGGAGCUCUGGGUCACCCCAUUGCCUGCGCUCAGGUCCUGAGCUGCGGGCAGCUGCCCACCAGCUCCGUGCUCCUGGAAGAUGGUCGAUGGAGGUUCGUUGUGGGGUUAUGUAAUGAUUGACCUCGUGGAAACGGGUCUUAGGAAAGCAUGGAAUCAGCUUAGCUUGCGGACGGCUCAAGCUGCGAUGCAGGAGAUGUUAUCAUUGCUGUUAGGAAUUUAUGCUUUUGUACGGUUGGGAAGCAUUUGACUCCACCUCAUUGUGUCCUGGCUAGAGAAACAGGCCUGGAUCACAGCUUUCCUUGGACCAUGCUGAGCUGUGUGCCAGCAACUGGCUGACUCGCAGAGCUGCUCCAGGUCUGCCCACGGCCGUGCAGCUGGAGCCAUCAUGCCUGUCUCUGCUAUAGGAGCCCCCUGUGCAGGAGCUGAGGGAGGAGAGGCAGCGCUCUGCGAUCCUUCUGAGCAGCACAGAUGAACCCACACCUAAUUGCUUUUAAAAACCCCCUGUUGCUAUGGUGACUCAACAAGCGUGAUGCUCACAAGUUCUUCUCUCCACUCCCAGGUCUUGCGUUGGCACUGGGAAGCCUUGUGUGUACCUAUGUACGUACAUCUGCUUUCUUCCAGCUUUCAAAGGUGGCGUGCAGUCCCCUUGGAGCGUGAGCAGAAUCCCUUCUGAGCUGGGAAAAGAUUUGCUUGAAAGGUCUUGUAAUAAGGUUAAGGAGAGGCCAACAGCCGCUCGCCCUGCUGCUGAGCACUUCAGUAGCUAAAUUUAGUCCCUUGAGUCAUUACUGAGUCAGCAAAUUGGGGGCAGGAAAUCUUGAUUUCUCUUUUCUUCCUUUUUCAUCAGUGAUGUACCCAAGACGGGCUCCAGACUGGUUUCCCUCUCAAUCCAGCACACUGCCUGCCUGCAGUGCUUUCCCCUGGAGCAUCCUUGAGCCUGUCCAGAAAAACAAGCGAAGGAUGAAAAAUCAGAGUAAUGGCCAAGGAGACCACAUCCACUUGGCUUCUCUUGCCCGUGGUGUGAGUGAUUUAUCUAGCUAAGGCAUUGCAGUGGAGUGAGACCAGGAGCAGGGGGACGGCGCUGCAGCGGCAGCAUGAAGGUGUGCUACCCCCCUCUGUGCUGCCUUUGAUUUGCUUCCAGGAGGGAACUCUGCUCCCCAUUCCAAGCAGGCCCGGUGCUGGCUGGCAGAGCAGCGGGAGCCCUGCUGUAACUAAUGAGAUGUUUGCUUCUCGCUGCCUGACGCUGCGGUGGGUUCUCGGUGUGCCUGAGCCCUGUGCUGAUAAACCAAGCCUCCCGGAGAUGGAGCGGCUUCCCUCAGCUACAGGCCUGCUGUGUUCGCUCUUAUCUAAUAGGAUCUUUCCUCUGAGCUCUGCUUAAGCCUCCUGUGUAGCAUACCAAACCACUGAGGUUUGAUCGUACAGAGAAGCGGUGCAGAGUGAGAGCAGACCUGAGUGUCAGCUGCCCUCCUUUGGGUCACUGUUGAAGAGGACACAUGCUCAUGGGGGGUCUGCGGGUUCCCUGUGGCUCUGGAAGGUUCGGAGAAGGGAGCUUUUCCCCCAGCCAAACAUUUAUCCCCUCCUUGCUGCCAUUGCUGAUUAGAGAAUGGGUGUCUGUCUGUCUCUCCCCUGUUAUUUAUUAUGCUGUAAAAGCCAAGGUAACCCAUAUCAGUAAACGCUGUGGAGGGUUUCACACGUGUCAGCUGUGCGUACUUUAUGGAGCAGACACUCUUUCAAGACAACGGGCUCCGUGUGGGGAGGCUGCUGUGAUUAAUGCUGCAGCGUUCACCUGGCUGCUUCCUCCCUGCUGCCACACUGAGCUGAUGUCCCAGGGUGUCCCGAAAAUGUGCAUGAAGCAGCGUGGGACAGAGGGGAGGGAAAGGCUCUGUGCCUCCCGUUGGCAGGAAGAUGAGCAAAGCACACAAGGAGAAGUUUCUUCUCCAAAAAAGCAGCGAUGCAGUGGCACAGCUGCCCAGGGAGUGCUGGGUUCACUGUCCCUGCAGGAGCUCCAGAGCCGUAGGGAUUUGGCACUGAGGGAUAUGGGCAUGGUGGGGUGGGCUGGGGGUGCUGGAAAUUUGUUUUGGAGACAUUCAGACCCUUUCCUGUAGGCACCUGCCUGUUGCAAGAGACGUCCUCCAUCUGCGUGAGUUACUCUGGGCAGAUCCAGCUCUCCUGCAGGAUGCUCUCAGUAGUUGCUCUUGGCUGGUUCUGAGGAUUCCUUUCUCCCAACACUUGUAGGUGAUUGCUUCCUCCUUCUCCUCCGCCUUCCUUUUGUCUCUCUGCAGCACGACAGGUCUGGGAAGGGCCAUCUGCCGCUGUGAUUAAUGGCCCUUUUCUGGCAAAACAACAGAGACAAAUGUCCUUCUGAGCAUGGCAGAAAGAAGCGCAGAAACAAGCUGGCUAAUUUUCAGCCGUUAUUUUGGAACCCAAACUCCUUCCCGGUAUCAAUUUAGCUAUUAUUUCAAAAACUAAUUAAUCCUCACUCAUGCAGCUCGGAGGGACCAGUGUUUAGAUAAUUAACAGCCCGUGGAUUAUGACAGGCCUUGCUCUCGGAUCCUGUUACAGCGCUUGCCUUCAAGUACACUCGCGCUGUUGUUCUGCUUACCAAGUCCUUUCAUCAAUCCAUCUUUUUUUUUUUUUUUUUAACAAUUAAUAACAAAUAAUUAGCCAGGAUGGAUUCUAUUUGCUUUCUUGCAGCUCAGCUUCGUUUUGGAGGACUGAACUGUUCUUCAGCUGCGCGGGUUUGUAGUGAUUUUGGAGCUAAUUACAACCAAUCAGGAUAGGUCACUGCCAUUACCAGCAUCUGGAAAAGGGAGUUAUUAUUGCUCAGCUCCUCAGUAAGUGACAUGAGGUGUGAGAAAGGAGAUGCUUCUGUGAGGUUGUUGAUACUUCUCCAUCCUGAGCUUCCACCCCAGGAGAAUGUCUCUUUGAACUGCCCGAAGCUUCUGUUCUGCUGCUGCUCUGAACUCAUCUGAGGAGAUUUCUGCCUGUGAAUAGAUUUGUCUUUUCUAACUUUGCUCAGGAAAGCUUUAGUUAUACAAGGAGUUUUCAUCUUUCAUAGAAGUGAAGCUCGGUCUCAGCCUUUUUCCCUAUGAGAUGCAGGUCUCUGGCUGGCAUCCCCUCUCUUCUGGUUCUCCAUGCUGAUGGGAUCUGAAGGCUCCUGUAAGGCUGGGAGAACACCUGUGGUCCCUGCAUCUUCUGCCCUCUGAGCAAAAGCAGAGCAAGGGGCCCAAGCCACCCCGGUUCCUGAGCUGUCUCUGCUUGGGGCAGCAGAAGGGCAUCCAUCAGGUUGUGCUGGUUUUAAACAGCUGAGCACGGAUGCAGACUCACUCCUGGUUUCAGGCAGAAGGAAAUCCUUUCUGAUAAGCUGCUGCUGUUUCAAACAGACGAUAAAUCUCUGCAGGUAGAACUCCCUGUGCUAGCAGUUUGACCCCUAAUGAAGUAUUUACCAGGUUGGCAACUCACUCUGCCUCGGGAAAUACUGUCCUUUCACCUGUGUGCAGCUCUCACUUUUCUUUUGCAAAACCCAUGGCUUAAGGAGAGCAUCAAAGCAGCCAGCAGUCCACUCCUCACCUUCCCAGUCUCUCUCCAUUCUCUUUGCAGAUGCAGUUUGCCAGAGACCCUGUGGCUCUGCACCUUGGAGGGCAAAGAGCUUGCAGGAGAGCUGCACAUCUUUGUGUUUGGGAUGCUGUGUCCUCUUAGCAGCAAUCAGAGAGCAGCAACCCGGGACCAGGGGAGUGGUGAGCCUGGUGGAAAUGCCACUCAUAUACUGGCUGUGAGCAAUGGAAAUGGAGCAAGGGGCUGCUGCUGACCCUGGGCCAGGCAUCUUCCUCUGCCAUGCUGCCAUGACCUUUGUGGUGAGAUUGUGAGUGGAGAAAUGUGCUGAACCACCCCGUUGCCAUGGAAACCGAGGCUGGGAGGGGACCAGCCUGCUCCUGCUAAUUGCUGUGGAUCUGUGACCCCAUCCCUCCUGCCUCCUGAAACCUGCUUGGCUGGGAGAUGGGUGGAGGUGGAUACAGGGAGGUUUUGUGCAAAAUCAGGCUGCUGAAGAGCCUUCACCCAUGGGGAGCAGAGUGGGAACAGAGCACGUGGCUCUCCGAGACACGACAGGGAGCAGCGCAUCCAUCCAAGGUCACUGUCCCUUGUGCUGCAAGAGACAAAUUCCCUCCAAGGGCCGUGAGCUCCGGGAUGCUUCCUGCUCGGCCGAAAUGGGCCCCACGAGGACCAUCCUGGUGCUUCCAGCCAAGGAUGCUCUCGGUCCAGGGAUGCUCCCAGCAGAGCAGCGGGGGGAGGCGGCACCGGGGAGGGGACAAGAGCGGGCCCGGCCCCAUUCCCCGCCUCGCUGCCACAAAACGGGAGCCGGGAGCCUGCUCGGCUUCACACUCUCCCCUCCAGCCUUACCGAACCGGAAUAUCCCCCAUUAAACCUCGGACUGAACCCAAGCCGGCACCGAACCGAGCCGUGCGCGGUCAGGAGGGAUGUAGAGAUCAGCACCGCGGAGAGCGGCCGCGCCGAGCCGCGCCGGGGCCAUGGCCAGCGUGCAGCAGGGCGAGAAGCAGCUCUUCGAGAAGUUCUGGCGAGGGACCUUCAAAGCCGUGGCCACACCGCGACCGGAGAGCAUCAUCGUGGCCAGCAUCACCGCCCGCAAACCGCUGCCCAGUGGGACGCUCAGCUGCCUGCCGUACUCUGCCGAGGAUCGACGUCCUGAGAAGCUGAGCAGCUGUGUGUCCAAGGAGACCUCCACCACUAACGGCUGGGCAAGAGGGAAGGAGAGACGUGGCCAUGCUCACCACAGGUCACGCAGCCCCUCGUGUGAUGGGGAACGUGCACCACUGCCAGCCCGGGGCAAGAAGAAGAAGAAGAAAUCCAGCCGCAAGAAGCGACGGAGGUCUCCUUCCUACAGCCCCUCUCCUGUGAAGAAGAAGAAAAAGAAGAGCUCCAAGAAGCGAAAAAGACACAGGUUAUCCUCAAAGAAGAGAAGGCACAGUUCCUCAAGCCCCAAAAGUAAGAGAAAGGAAGAAAGAAAACACAAAAAACACUCUCGUGGGCGCACCCGGAAAGCUCACCGCCACCGCCGCUGCCACUCUCGCUCAGAGAGCUCUGACUCCUAUUCCCCGAGCUGCCGGAGCAGGCACAGAGCCAGGUCACGGGAGGAAGGGCGUAAAGCACGGCGGAGACGCUCCCGGCACCGUGCAAAAGUCCCAGCAAAGAGAAGCUCCUCUGCAGAGGUUCAGGCCAGCCAAACCCUCCCACUGCACAGCUUCCUGUCUCCUAAGGAAGUCAUCUCUCAGUCAGGGUCUUCUGCUGACCUCUUUACCAAAACAGACAGCCCGCCUGGCCGCCUAACCAGCCAGAACGGAGAGUGUCAUGAAUAUGACUCAGGAAACGACACUUCUUCCCCUCCCUCCACUCAAACGAGCUCAUCCAGGUCAAAGGACAGCCAGGAGAAACGAAGCGUAGCCCACGAUGGCUUUGGCCAUGCCUUCUCAUCCAGGAAGCCCAAAGUGGCCAACGGUGAUAACAGCUCUGAUUCAGGAAAUUCCUUCACCAGUUGCUUUUCCCAGACCAAGGCAACGGCUUCGGAAAAUCUGUCUCCAGAUCCCCAGAGACAAGACGAGAGAGGAUGCCUGUCCUCGUGUCUCAGCUGUUCAGAGGAGAAGAAGCGCAGUGUCCCCCCGUCGCCAGCCCGCAGCUCCCCGCUCAGGCCGUGCCCCCGCAGCGAGUCGUGCAGCAGCACAGGACGCUCCUCCCCUGGCUCCAGCUGCUCCUCACCCCGCAGGGCCUCCCCCAGGUACUCCCGCAGCAGGUCCUGCUCUUCAGGGAAGAGCCCCAGGUCUUCUUCACGGUCCCCCAGCUAUUCCUCUAAAUCCUGCAAAAAAAGCCCUGGAAGCAGGAGCUCAAAGACUCGCCGAAGCCCGAGUUACUCCCACUACAGCCCUACGAGGGACCGUGAGCACAAGCACAGCUCCAGUGAGAAGGAGUCACACCGGCAGCGGGACCGGCAGCGCCGGCGCUCCUAUUCCCCCCUGAGGAAGCGCAGGAGGGACUCCCCCAGCCACCUGGAGGCCCGGCGCAUCACCAGCGCCCGCAAACGUCCCAUCCCCUACUACCGGCCCAGCCCGUCCUCCUCCAGCAGCGCCAGCAGCUAUUCCUCCUGGUACAGCAGUCUCAGCCGCUCCCCCAGCCGGAGCAGGAGCUACUCCAGCCACCGGUCGAGCCGCAGCCGCAGCUGGAGCAGCAGCAGUGCAGAGAGCAGGAGCCGCAGCAGGAGCUCCGGCCCCAGGAGCAGCCGCAGCCGGAGCAGGAGCUGUGACUCAGGAGGCAGCUCCGACAGCCUGCGUCGCUAAGGAGUGCCGCCGGCAUCACUGAAUUCCUUGCAUUCUCCACAUCCUUCCCACCUACUUGGCCAUCGAUCGCAAUCACCCCCGAUACUGAUGUGACAGCAGCACUGCGUCCCCUUUUCUCAUUACGGAUGGAGUAAGAGCCCUCGUGCUCCUGGAACAGCCCCUCUGCUGCCUUGCAGGGAGGGUGGAUCCAUGCAGCUCCCCCAGCCAGAGCUGGGGCUGGAAGAGGGGCCAGUGCCCUACAGAGGCCCUGCAGGCCCUACAGGGUCCAUCCUCCUGACAUCCCCAUCUCCCCAUCGCUGCCACUCUGCGACAGCUGCCAGCUGCUCCAAAGGAAGAAGAUUUUGCCCUUCUCUUGCCAAAAGCGGGAGCCAGUGAAUUAAUUCCCUCUGGAGGAAGAGACACAUUUAGGGAGGAAUUUGCUGGGAAGCUUUGGUGAUGAGUGGACGUGACCUGUCCCCCUCAAGGCAAAUAUCAGGUCCCUGAUAUUGGAUCUCUCCUCCCGAGAUUCUGCCCACUCUGCAGCAGGUCUCUGCCAUGAGCAUAUUUAUUUAUUUCCAUACGCCCAACUCUGCUAUAAAUAGAAGGCUAGAAAUCCCUCCUGACAUUAAUUUCUGGGGGGUAAAAAAGCUAUUCCCCCUCUCUUUCUCCUGCCCUUUCCUAACAGGGUGUUACACAUCCACCUUUCACAGGGCUGCUCUGUUCCCCUCCAUCAGUGUGAUCGCUGAGAGGAGACACAGCAGAGGGGAGUCAGUGCUGCAGAGUGAGCUGGGGCUGCACGGUUCGCAUCUCAGAGACCCCCAACACCCCUCCCCCAAAAUUGCCUGUUUUUUUCCCAGGAUCUGGGAGGGCCCUGCCUGCCUGGGCGGCCCUGCGGUUUUGUCUCCCUGCCAGGCUUGCCAGCCCAGCUGCCUGUGCAAUUACUGUGUUUUGCAGAGCAACAAAGGCUUUUCCUAGCACGGGCUGAGCCGGUGCUGAGGAUUUUCUUUCUCUUACAACACCUGGGUGCUUAGAGACGCUAAUUUAGGUCUAAGACUUCCCUCCCUCCCUUUUUCCAUCCCCUCCCCUUCCAUCCUGCGUGAUCAUUAACGAGUUUGGGCUUAAUGAGUCAAGGAGGUGUGUCAUUGAAGUGUCACAGGAAAGGGCUAAGGGCAGCCAGCAUCUGCCGGAGGGGGAGAGGGGUGGAAGAAAAGGCAAACCCACAGCCAGAGAGUUACCCACAGCUCCCACUGGCAGCAAGUAAAGCUGUGAGCGAGGUAAGGUCAAACACAACCUGGAUGAUUGCCUUAUCGAGCAUAUGAACGUGUUAUCAGUUGGAAAACACAGCAGGAAGGUUUAUACUUCUGUGUAGCUGAUGCAAGGGGAAAUUUGAUAACAGGGGCCCUUUUUCCCGUCUCCUUCUCACUGCAAACCCCUCAGGCUGUGGUUGAGAAUUACAGACGAGGUGUUCUCGCAGCGGGUGCUGCUGCCUUCCCCCCACCCCGGCCCCACAGCAGCCUCUGGCUUCUCUGGUGGGGAGCACCCUUCUUGUAAAGGGCUGAGAACCCCAUGCUUCUUCCUUAGGGAGUCCCUCCCAGUUUAGCAUUGUCACCCUGUAGCACUCCAUGAAAGGUCUGAUCUCAGCGACCAGAGGCCAAAUCCCAAAUCUGUGGGUCUCUUCAUGCCCCUCCGUGCCCCCAAAUGCCGGCAUGCACCUGCAGCAGUGAGCCGGAUGGGCAACAGCUGGGAAAGCAAAGAGCUUUGUGCAAGCAAUGCAAACAGUCCAACUACAUUGAGCCGAGUUCCUGGUGGGAUGGAGAACAAACACAGUGCUGGAGGCAGCAGCACACGCUGGCUAUGGGACAAAGAGGUGCCACGUGGCUCUGGUACCCAUCCACCUGCACGGCCGGUGGCAGCUGAAGGCUCUCAGGCAUUGGAGCAAAACCUCUUUAUUUAUUUAUUAAUUAUUUAUUGACACACUUAUUUAUUAUCAGUGCGUUCUGUUUCUAAUGGCUAUGGUCGGGACGGAUGCGAGCGGUCGCCGUCGGCAGUAUUUAUUUAUUUAUUCUGGAGGGCAAAGGAAGGAGCGAGGAGUUAUCGGGGCUCUCUGUGCUUGUUUGGUCCUCCCCAUCGCAUGGAGGUUCCCAGUGCUGGCCCUGCACUGGCAGGAGGAAGGACUUCCCCGCGUUGUUUUGCAUUGUGAUCCACCCAUGGAAAAUCUGAGGUUGGGCCGUGAGAGCAUGGGAGGUGCCUGCAAAUCCAGCCCUGUGACAGCACUAACUGCGUCUGUGUGUGCGUGUGUGUGUGCAUUAUGUUUCCUCAGUGGUAUUUCUCUCUUUAUUUUUUAACUUAUUUAAGGUUUUUGGUACAACGCGCAUCAUCGCCCGUCCUGUCAGUGGGUUUUCUGUCACUUUGCAAGAAGCCUGUGAGCUUUUCUGUCUCUGUGCCUUUUGCCAGUGCUUCUUUUGUUGUAUGCUCACUCACUCGUUGCUUUUAUGGGAUUUUUACUCCAUGACCAGCAUCUCAGGUUGCUGUUGUUUGCAUGGAGCAGCUUCUGCCCUGGGGCAGUUCGGCCCUUUGGGUGAACACAAAUCGCUGCUCAUUGGCACUGGGGCUGCACACCAGGAGCUUUGAGGCAGUGUGUUGGCCGCCUCUCAGAAGUGCCAUCUCAGAGGGUUUUCUUUCUUCGUCCUUCCUGCCUGUUGUGUUGUUGCCAUCCCAAGUGCCCUGGUUGCCUUUCCACAGCAGAGCACAUGAUGCAGUGUCCCUCCCUGGGAUGCUUCCUGCUCACUCAACCCCCAGGCUCCCUCCUUUCCCACCCCACACACCAGGUCAGGCUGCAGCAAACCCAGCCCAGCCCCUGAAGUGUUGCUGCAAAGCGCAGAGGAAGGAUAUUUCACAGAAUCACAGAAUUGUAGGGGUUGGAAGGGACCUCUAGAGAUCAUCGAGUCCAACCCCCCUGCCAAAGCAGGUUCCCUACAGCAGGUAUUUCAGUGCACUGUUGUGUCAUUCCAUUUGGCCGCAGGUUGCAGCGCUCAGCUGUGCUCUGCUUUAUGUUGACCGUAACUUUUCUCAAUGUUUCUGUUGUUUUGGGUGGCUGAAGUUGUACCAAACCCAUCUGCAAUGGCCAAUCGAUGUUAUUUUGCUAUGCAUUGUACAUAGAUCGAAAAGGCUGAGAGGACUUGGCCUCUUAUUUAAUAUUUAUUUCUCCUAUUUAUUGAGCAUUACUUAGGAAAGCUGUUCGAGUCUCACCGUUGGCUCCAUGGGAUAUUUGAGAAAGGGACAAUUUUAGGUGCCAGACUGAAGUCUUUAAUGUCCAGCAGGGUUGUGUUAUCUGUGUGAUAGAGGAUGAACAAAUCCUGUGACUUUUGCAGCUACCUGGAAGUCUGUGUGUGACCAGGAUGAUCUCUGAAGCACUGCAACAUCCACUGCUGUAGCAACAGCUCUGUGAUAAAGCAGCCUAAAUUUUGGACUGUUGUAGAGAACAGCACCUUGAGCCCCAUCCAGGGAAUGGAGAGAUUUAGAACAAAAGCCCAGACAGGAGAAAAGCUGCCAGGGAAACCGUGUCCCUGUUUUCUCUGCUGGUCAGUUCCUUACCAAAUCAUACCGGCACAUCUGUUCAUUCGACUUCACUGUAAAACUACCUUUGCUCUCCAUGGAAAUGCAUACUGUAUUCUUUAGUCUUCCUGGGGUAUUCGAGUCGUUAGCCUGUUUAGAAAAGGGUUCCAAUAAAAGUUCAGAUGAUAUCUGGUUCA